CACAAAGCUUCACUUUGUGGGAGGAACACAUAGCCAGAACAGUUCAAUUUACUCUUCGUGUGCGGGGUAAAGUAAAUAAGUUUAGGUGAGGGAAAAGUGCACAAGUAAACAACAUGGCGGCGUACACGUUACCUGACGGCUUUGCCGACUUCGACAUGUUCUUGUUCGGCUCGGCGCUUUUUGUCGGCGGAGUCCUCGGGUUCCUCCUCAACGCCGUCACCGUCGCCUCCUUCCUGGGCGUGCGGGAGAUGAGGACACCAAGCAACUACCUGGUCGUCAACUUGGCCCUGGCCGAUAUUUGCCUCAACGUGAACGGACUCACGGCAGCCUACGCCAGCUACCUUCGACAUUGGCCUUUUGGCCAGAACGGAUGCGCCUUUCACGGCUUCCAGGGGAUGAUCGCCGUCUUGGCGUCCAUCAGUUUCAUGGCAACCAUCGCUUGGGACCGAUAUCACCAGUACUGCACCAGACAAAAGCUCUUCUGGAGCACGGCCAUGGUGAUGAGCGCCAUCAUUUGGGUCCUGUCCAUCUUCUGGGCUGCGGUCCCUCUCAUGGGCUGGGGCGUGUAUGACUUUGAGCCGAUGAGGACCUGCUGCACGCUGGACUACACCAGAGGAGACAGGGACUUUGUCACCUUCAUGCUCACGCUGGUGGUGCUCUACUUGACCUUCCCUGCGCUGACCAUGCUGUCGUGCUACAGCGCCAUCCACAAACACUUUAAGAAGGUCCAUCACCACCGGUUCAACACCAGCUUGCCAUUGAGGGUGAUGCUAAUGUGCUGGGGCCCUUACGUCCUCAUGUGCAUUUACGCCUGCUUCCGAGACGUCACGGUUAUAUCUCCAAAGCUACGAAUGGUGCUUCCGGUGGUUGCCAAAACGAAUCCCAUCUUCAACGCGCUGCUCUACUCCUUCGGGAACGAGUUCUACCGCGGAGGCGUGUGGUACUUCCUCACCGGGCAGAAAAUAGCCGAGCCGGAUCUGAAGAAGUCCAAGUCUAAAUAGACGGAAAUGAAGACUUGGCAUCAUCGUUUAAUGCUCAACUUUUGCUGACAUUCUUAUUUAAUGAGCCGUAACAUUUAUUUCAUGUAAUAUGGCACGGCUCAAUAAAGGGUGGGAAACACAAGUGUACCUAAUAAAGUGGCCAAUGAGUAUAGUUAC